AGGGGGACAGGGGAGACAGAGGGGGACAAACAGAGGGACAAGGGAGACAAACAGAGGGACAAGGGAGACAGGGACAGUGAGACAGAGGCGGUGCAGAGGGAGCUUCAGCGAGGCUGGGGAGCGAGAGAGGCCGAGCUUCAUUGAGCAGGGAGAGGCCGCACUCGAGGGGAGGCGGCGGUGCAGCCGCGCCAAAGGCCAGGAGGAAGGAAGGGAGGGAGGGAGAUUCAGGGAGCUGGGGCCAUCGUGGGUGGGGGAGAGAUUAACGUUGGGUAGAGUGGGGAUCGUCACUGUGUGAGGGGAGACAAGCCGGCGGGGGGGGGCGAGGAUAUAGACCGGGUGAAUGGGGGUUGGAAUGGGGGGGAAUUAUUGCUAGAAAUCAGCGGGGAGGGAGGUGAUAGAUCGAUAGAUUAGAGGGGAAGUGAAUGGUUGGUCGAACGGGGAAAGAUUGAAAGGAGGAAAUACGAGAAAAGGAUUAAAGGCCUUUCAGGUUGGGAGCCUUUGGAAACGAGGAGGAUGUAAUAAAGUCUGAUCCCAGAUAAUGUGGGUGACGGAUUGAGGAGUGGGUGUUGAAGGAGAGGGGUUUAUUUUUUUUGAAACAGUUUUAAAGCAGUAUUUCUGAGAGGGAAGAAAGGGCAGCUUGAUUGAUGAAGGAGAGAGGCUUCCUCUUUCUGUUUGCAAAGAGGAAACUGGGUUUCCCUCACACUCUUUCUGAGGCUGUGAAUAAUGGACGCGGAAUCCAUUCUGCAUGACAAGAUCGUAGAAUAUAUGAAUGCGUCCGGACACGAUGACCUUAAUGAGGCCGAGCCCCGUAAGAAACUUGUAUUGGAAAAGAACUCCUUUAAUCAGACUAAACUCAGCAUUGGCACAUCGAGUAUGAUCGCAGCCAAGCAGCGGAAGCCUUCCACCAGUUAUGAGAAGCAGAAAGAGCAGUGUGUGAAAUACUUCGAUCAGUGGACAGAGACCGACCAGGUGGAAUUUGUCGAGAACCUGAUAUCCCGCAUGUGUCACUACCAACACGGCCACAUCAACUCCUAUCUUAAACCAAUGUUGCAGAGGGACUUUAUCACCGUCUUACCAGCCCGCGGUCUGGAUCACAUUGCGGAGAACAUCCUCUCGUUCCUGGAUGCCCGCUCGCUCUGCGCCGCGGAGCUGGUGUGCAAGGAAUGGUACCGGGUCAUCUCCGACGGAAUGCUCUGGAAGAAACUGAUGGAGAGGAUGGUGCGCACAGAUACCCUCUGGAAGGGGCUUUCGGAGCGGAGGGGAUGGAUCCAGUACCUGUUUAAAAACAAGCCCUCUGAUGGUAUUUUGCCUCCAGAUUGCUUCUACCGAUCCUUGUACCCACAAAUUAUACAAGAUAUAGAGACCAUUGAAUCCAACUGGAGGUGUGGACAUCAUGGUUUACAGCGGAUUCACUGCCACAGUGAAACCAGCAAAGGGGUCUAUUGUUUACAGUACGAUGACCAGAAAAUUAUCAGUGGUCUGCGUGACAACACUAUCAAGAUCUGGGACAAGAACACGCUGGAGUGUAAGAACGUCCUGACUGGCCACACCGGCUCAGUGCUCUGUUUACAGUACGAUGACAAAGUCAUCAUCACUGGAUCGUCUGACUCCACAGUCCGGGUGUGGGAGGUGAACACUGGGGAGAUGCUGAACACGUUGAUCCAUCACUGCGAAGCCGUGCUCCACCUGCGCUUCACCAACGGCAUGAUGGUGACGUGCUCCAAGGACCGCUCGAUCGCCGUGUGGGACAUGAGCACCUCCACGGACAUCACCCUGCGCCGAGUUCUCGUCGGCCACCGCGCCGCCGUCAACGUGGUCGACUUUGACGAUAAGUACAUCGUGUCCGCUUCAGGAGACAGGACCAUCAAAGUGUGGAACACUGGAUCCUGCGAGUUUGUCCGUACUCUGAAUGGACACAAGCGAGGCAUUGCCUGCCUGCAGUACAGAGACCGCCUGGUGGUCAGCGGCUCCUCUGAUAACACCAUCCGGCUGUGGGACAUUGAGUGCGGAGCGUGUCUGCGUGUGUUGGAGGGCCACGAGGAACUGGUGAGAUGCAUCCGCUUUGACAACAAACGCAUCGUCAGUGGAGCCUACGAUGGCAAAAUCAAGGUGUGGGACCUGGUGGCUGCGCUGGACCCGCGGUCGCCGGCCGGGACCCUCUGCCUGCGGACCCUGGUGGAGCAUUCCGGGCGAGUAUUCCGGCUCCAGUUUGACGAGUUCCAGAUUGUGAGCAGCUCCCACGACGACACCAUCUUGAUCUGGGACUUCUUGAACGUACCGUCAGAGCAGGGGGACGGUUCGCAGGCAGCGCCGCGCACCUACACCUACGUGUCCAGAUAGGUGGAGCCGCCAGCGGACCAGUCACGAUGCCUGAAAGAAUUCCAGCCUUUCGACAGCGAAUAUACAAACCUGAGCCACACAUCCAUAAUGAAGCGAUCGCAUUGAAGGGGUUGGCGGGUCAGAGCGGCCUUGGUGCUUUGAGUGAAGAGUGCGAGCGUUUGCGACAGAGGGGAAACCCGUUUCCACCCCAUUGCCACACACAUCCAUCAUCGCAUCAACAAACGAACUCUCCACAUCCAUCGCAAUUAACAGCCCAAACCCCAGUUAAUUUUGAACAUUUGUAGGGACUGAAAACUUGAAGGGACUUUCAACGGCAGAAGGUCAAAACAGCAAAAUCUUUGUCAAGGGAAAUGUGGUCAUGGCCGCUGGCAAUCGGUGACUGCUUGCACCCAGGUGACCCAAGUGUGUGUUGGUGCACUUUUACACUGUGCUCAUCCUCUGCCCUCUGUUCUCUGAUAAAGAUCCUAGAUGGCACUGAGCUCCACAGGUCAGAAGAUCCCACAGGUUGACCUCAGUGCCUCUGGGCCCUGGAGUGAGGUGGAGGGUGAACCCAACUGAAGUGUGGCAUCCCGGCCAUGUCUCUCCCCCCCCCACCCUCCCCCACCAUCUCCCAUGGCAGACGCAGCCAACCCUCCUCGGACACGGGGCACGGGGCAAAGUAGUACAGCCGUACGCCAAGGAGCGUGGAUUGGAAGAGGGGGUGUUCGCUCUCCCAACAACGAGUUUCCUUCAGCACAAAGAGCAGCACGUGUGUCUCUCUGGCACGUAGACUUGGUGGAGCGGCAUUGCCAUUGUGAAUUAGGCUCCGUUCUCUCAGAAUGGGGAUGGAUGUUGUCUCCCGGACAAAAAGCCGCGCCAGAGAACGGAGACUGCGGGCAGAACGGGCGCAGGUCUGCGCUGAACUUCGGGAGUCCCAGGAUGAGGCCGGGGAUUUCCUUUGAGCCUAGACCCGCGGCUCGGACUCCGCUGCCGUUUGGCCACGCAGCCGGGACUCGGACCACAGGUUACAAUGCCAGACCUGGAAGCUCCACACUGCCCUGGCGAGAGAGAGCGAGAGGGAGAGAGAGCGAGAGAGAGGACUCCUGCAUGACCCAUUGCCCACAGACUGUUUCAGUGAGCUGCCCGCGGGCAAGUGGCCGGUGUGAAUCCCGAUCAGGAGCCAGCGCACUGGAAACAGGCGGACUGAUCAAAGACAAAGAGUGUAGAUCUGGUCAGAGUGCUGUUUCAGUCCCCGACAAUUAUGUUGUAUAGUUGUAUGCUGUCACCUCCCUUCUGAAGGGGAGGGAGCUUUUGUGUUGAAUGAAACCAAUGUGCAAUUUAAGUUACUUUUGUACAGUUUGUGUAUGGUAGAGCACCUUUUCUGUUGGUUUAUUUUAAGCAGUUUUUCUUUCGUGUAUCAACAAACCUGCGGGCCUCUUGAAGUUGAGACAACAGCAGUGUCUCGUGAGGAUGGGUUUGGGUCCUGGGACAACAUGUUGGGUUGUUAUAUCUGCCACUGUUACAUCUCUUGCCUGCAACCUCCAUCGACUUAACCCUGUUGGGUCAGUGCAGUUGGCGACACAAAGAACUGGGGGGUGGCCGAUGAUAUCAGUGUCCACCUCCACCCCCAGCCAAUGGACACGGUGGAGUCCAAAAUCUCCAGCAUCUCUGCGGCGAGCUGGGCUGGAGGGCGAGCCUUUGGUUGUUGGUUAAGAACGCCGUGAUGGUAUGAGAUCACCACAGUGACCAAAGCAGCAGAGGGUGGAGGACUCCGACACGGGGCUGGCACCGGCCAGAGUUGCUGCUGGGGAGGGACCCUGUUCUCCUCUGGACGUUCCACCAUCACCCUCUUCCCACAAGGUGGCGAGCUACCACCAGUGCCCUGAACAAGGUCCCUGCGACCCAUCUGCGCCGGUCAAGCAGUUUGUCUUCUCGUGGCCCUCAAGCUUGAUUUUCAUUUUGAGUUCUAAGUCCUCUCUUCGUUCCUAGACCGUGGCUUUUGGUAGUGAGCUGUGCUAUUUUUCUACAUUUUCUUUUUUUGUUCUGUGGAUUAUUUAUGUAGUCUUUUUAAAAACAAAAAAUUGCAUUCUUGAAGAGAUGUGGUUUGUGAUUAAAUUGCAGUUUACCAUUCCCCUGACUUGCAAGGAUA